GCACUAACUGAAAAUUGCAUAUUUAUUGUACGCUAAUGUUCUCCUGGUAAAACCUGGGAAGGCUCAAGCUGCUAUGUGUUAGGAAUUUUAUUUCUAUCUGUGGGUGCUGGUUUUAAUAAUUUAAAGGCCAUGUGAUUAUCAAAAUGGGUGAACUAUACACUAAUUUCUAAAAAAUGCUUAAUGUAAUCUUGUUUUAUCUGCAUCUAUUUAGAGAGUGUGGGGAAUAGCUGCUUUUGAUGAUGUAAAUGUUUCAUGAGCUCAACGCAGUUGACUAAGCCUGCCUCAGUCAUGUCAUUUAUUACAAUAUUGUAGGUAACGUACAUUUGGUGAAAACUGAGAUACUGCGAUAGACUGGCCAAACAGCGCUUUAUCUCCUUAUUCCCUCAAAUUAAAAAUUAAACAAAAAUGUAAUGAAUUUUUAAACUGCAUUCCAUAAAUGCAAGGACACAACGCACAACAGCUGGAGUGAACAAGUUCACUUAUUUCAGCACCGGGUGCUGUCCAUUAUUGAAAGAAAGCCCUCUUUACCUAUGUACACCAACUAGCGACUGCUGUCGGACAGAGAAGAGGUGCGCGCGUGCGCGUGCAUGUUUAUGUUAACUCAGACGAUAUAUGCCGGAGAGUGAGCGUCUGGAUGAAAGACCGCUGCACAGGGGAAUGCCUUUUAUACGGUGCCAGUUAGGAUGCCUUCAAACAACGCUGUGCUUUUUAAAAGUGCCAUUUCUUCAAAUGUAAUGCCUUUACUUCACUCUGAGGAAUUCAUUCUUCAGGCAGUCCACGGGAAAGGAGAAUGCUUUGAGAAAUAUGAGCAGUCUUUCGUGUUAUAAAUUUACAGGAAUCACUUUGUCAGUAAUCAAGGUGGGAGUCAGUUUAAAUAUACAGGUGGUACGCAACCGUCCUAAAUUAAUAAUACCUGUUUUUAGGACUAUUCGAAGAUUCGUAUUUUGGAAUGUUCGCCAAUAUUUGGAAUGGGUUAUGCCCAACAAAGAAUGAAGAAAUGCCAACAUUGAUGCAGUAACACAAAAGAAGCGAAACAAAAAGGUUGGGUAAGCCAUAAGUCAAACGAUUAUUUGAAAAAACUCAAUAAUUUGUUUUUCUUUUCGCGAUGGCUGAACGUCUAUGUAUUAUCGGGAAACCGAGUUAACGAAAGGCGGCAUUCUGUUGAAGUAGCCUAUCCAUCCUCUGGUGACUCUCUUGCAACGUUUUGUUUUUCAUUCUGAUGGAAAUCUUAAGGAAAACGCGUGUUUAAGAGAGAAAAGCCUGCAACCAACUGCUUUUCCUGGAGUUGUAAGAAUAUAUUUAGGAGAUUAGUCACUGUGAGGACCGCAUGCCUGCUGCAGAGUCCUGACUCUUGUUUUAAAGGACCGCCUGUCCUGGAGGGACCAUGUUCACGGACAAGAGCUCCGGCACCUCCGUGCCCAAGAAGGCCCCGAAGAAGAAGACCCGCCCCCAGGGGCUGCCCUCGCCGGCGCUGUGCUGCGCCUGCGGCCUCUGCAUCAUGCUGGCGGGCAUCAACAUCACCCUGGUGGGCGCCUUCGCCUUCGGGACCCUGCUGCCCGCCCACAACCCGCCCAUCAUCAUCGGGCCCGUCCUGCUGCUGGUGGCCCUGGCCUUUUUCGGGGCGUGCUGCGUGUGCAGCCGCCGCCCCCCCGCGCAGGGCUCCCGGAAGCCCAAAGGGGGCGGCGGCGGCAUGGGGCUGGCCCGCCUCAGCGGGGCCGCCUUCGAGAUCGAGACCAGCGAGCACACGCUGCAGGACACCACCGCCGUGCAGCUCAGCCCCACCAACUCCCCCAGCUCCUCCCGCGCCUCCAGCCCCGCCCACGAGCCCCCCGCUGCCACCGCCCCCGCCGCCGCGGCCGCCGCCACGCGCUCCUGCAAGCUCUUCACCAUGGAGACCAACUCCCUCACUUCCGCCUGCUACUCCGUCUCUGGCUCUGACUCCGGGGGCGGGGCCGUCAAGCUCAAUCUGCCCCGUGACCCCCCGCCGCCCAGUGCAGAGGGGUGUUGAGUGGCGCACGCUAUCCCGCCCCUGGCCCCGCCCCCUACUGCCGUUUGAACCUGGUGUAAGGGGCCCCAUGGGAAAAUCUAGCACCAGCAUCUUUGUGUUUGUUUUUUUUUUUUUGCACAGGGUGUGGCUGAGUGGGCUACAGGUUCUGCAGGGGUACGAGUGGAGGGAUGUUGGGGGGGAGGGGGGGUACUUAAACCCCACUCUCACUGUGCCCCAGGAAUGUGCCAAUGAGAGGAAUGAGUGUGAGCAGCAGCAGCCAUGCUCAAGACCUGCAGGCAUGACUGGUGAACAUGUACAGCCUUCGAGGGCAGUGUCUUUGGAAGAGAUGGCCCUCAUCACCCAAGGUCUUGAUGCUUACAUCAAAGCAUGAUGUGGCACAGUGUGUGUGUGCUCCACCAUUAAAGUCUGAGAAUGACCAUUGCAAAAACAUUUUGUUGUGCUGUCGCAACGCCGCAGUGACAUGUUACGUGUUAUCUGGUGGGCCUCUGUAUGUUAGCGAGCUUUUUGGUUUAGUGUAUGCUGAAAAUCCUCUCACCCACCGGAGCGAGAGUACUGGUGUUUCCCCUUUGAAUUAGCCAUCCAGAUUUAGCUUUGCAUUGUUGAGAAAAAAUGAAGAAAAUCUAUGUCUCAGCCCAGCAGAUUUGAUUUGUGCUGUUUAUAGCACACAAUGCAGAGAUCCACAAUCAUCUCAAUUUACAUAUGAAUUUUUGUGUUUCACUCACUUCUGAUGUAUGUUCCCUUUUCAGGGUUUAAUGUCUUCUCUCCAUCAUGUUUGUGUUGAUUUAAAGAGCUUUCUGUGUGAGUUGCACUGGAAGCUUUUCAUGUUUGUGACGAACACUGGAUGGCCUUCUGUACCGCGUAAUUAACAGCAUAAUCCAAUAAGCUAAUGAGACAGCAACUGUACACAGACUGAUAAUUUAGUCCCUCUGAGAUUUAGUCACUCUGAGAGGGGAACUGCUCCUCUGAUUUCGCUCUGCCUGAAGAAACUGGUGCCUGCUGUGUCCUUCACUCUCAGAAAAAAUGGUCCUUUGGCUUGUCUCCACAGGGGACCCCAUUUUAGUUCUUUAUGGAACUUUCUAUGGUAGGCGUGAAAAGUGUGAAAUCUCCCAGAUUGAACCAUUUUUCCCGAUAAAAGAACCCUUGCAUUAGAUCUCUGUGGAGACACAGAAGAGCCUUUUGGAACCCAUCCUUCUGAGAAUGUUCAUAAUCCAGAAUGUGCUUAUGAAAUAAUAUGAACUGUCAUCAGCAUCGUGUUUUUGUUAUUAAACAAUAAGACACGCCCAGGUGCUGGUUCUAAAAGGCAGUGAUAUGCCCCGUGGUCCAGACUGAAUCUCAACCUUUCAUCUGGUUGGGAGUCCAGAGAAGUGAAACAAAAUUGGCAGCCCAGGGAGGGUUUUUAUCUGCAGGGUAGUCCCUGCCUCAUUAUGAGGUAGCACCUGCCGAAAUGUUGCCCGGAGACACAGAGUUGCCGUAUGACUUCUUGUUCCAGCUCACGUGGUAGCAGAAGAUAAUUAGGUGCCUUGGUUUGCUACAGACUAGCUUGAGUCAGGAAAUAAGGUUUCCUCAGUGGAAGCCAUUUGGACAUCACUGCGGAGCUCUCUUCUAAGCAGUGCAAAGCUGCAAACAUGAAGUAUCUGUUGAAUAAACAACAACAACAACAACAACAACAACAAAAAGAUAUCAGUUCUUUGCUGGGAACUGGGCGGUUUGUGGUUUUUAAUGUUGAAAAAGGCUAUUAUUGGGCCGUUAUAAGGGAAUCCCUCCCCAGUGGUUCAGUCAGUAAAGGCUCCUACCAUGUGCGUAGGACACACGUGCAGGUGAGUGUGAUGGGGGACAGCGCAUGCCCCAUGCGCGGGUGCAGAUGGUGCAGCAGUCACCACCUGAAUUUGUUGAUCCCAAACUGGGCAUGUAAAAAAAUAUAUAUAAAGAGCGCCAGGUCACCGUGGCCCAACGCAGACUGAAUAACUCCAUUUCUCCUCACGCAAGAGAGUUAGUCAUUGGAUCUCAUUGGAGUCUAAUUUGAGACUCUGAGUGGGGCGGAAAUUAUCCCAUUAGUCUCGAUGCGAGGGAAGCAUUGAUGGAGAAGCUGGAGCGGGUCGAGCUGCCCUCAGUUCGUCCGCAGAUCGUCGCAUCUCUUUCUCCCGCGCACGUGCUCCUUUUAGACCGUUACGGAGACCUGAUGAGAGAGCCGGGACCUCAGCCACACACACACACACACACACACCCAGGGGACAGAGCGCUGGGCUAAGCACCGAAAGGCUGUGUGUUCAAAUCCCCAGCAGGACACUUCCUCUCAGGCAAGGUGUUUAACCUUGGUGUCCUCAGUAAAAAUAUACAGGUAAUCAAGUAUGUAAUUUUGGAACCUGAAAUAUACACAUAAUACGCUCGGUGUUAAUUUACCAACCGCAGAGUGUGUAUGCGGGAGAGGGAUCAAAUGCACUCUAUCAGAGUUUAUGGCAAAACAUUAUGCUGGUUGUGUGAACUGCAUCUGCAGACUUGCAGGUAAUAAAUAAAGGGAGGUUUAUAAGCAGCAGAGGCCUGGUUUACAAUCCCAUUAAAAUUGCUUUCAUAUUGAAUUUAUUGUCAACAGGCUUUGCAGGCAACUGUGCUUCUCUGAAGUCAGUCGUUGGGCAAAGUACUGUGUCGUGUCUGCCAACUGCCAGGAGGGAUGGAGCUCAUUCCUUCAAAUGUCUCACCAGAUCACGUUAAUGCCCUCUACUGGAAAAGAUGACUGAAGAGGCCUUUUGGUUUAAAUCUUGCAUCUGUUCUGCAAAGAAAUGAGAACAAUAGCAUUUAACUCAUAACAAUAUGAAUGACGCCAAUACGCUUACGCUGUUUUGAGUGACAGAAGAGAAAAUAGAACUGCACACUGUAAGCCAUGAUGUGGACAGAGCACCUGUGGU